UCGCAGCCGCACAUCAUCUUCAUCCUGGCCGACGAUCAGGGCUUCAGGGACGUGGGGUACCACGGGUCCGAGAUCCGCACGCCCACGCUGGACAAGCUGGCUGCCGAAGGGGUCAAGCUGGAGAACUACUAUGUCCAGCCCAUGUGUACACCAUCCAGAAGCCAAUUGAUCACUGGAAAGUACCAGAUCCACACGGGCCUGCAGCACUCCAUCAUCCGGCCGACGCAGCCCAACUGCUUACCUCUGGAUAACGUCACACUACCUCAGAAGCUCAAGGAGGCCGGGUACUCCACGCACAUGGUGGGCAAGUGGCACCUGGGCUUCUACCGCCGGGAGUGCAUGCCCACCCAGAGGGGGUUCGACUCCUUCUUCGGCUCGCUCCUGGGCAGCGGUGACUACUACACCCACUUCAAGUGCGACAGCCCCGGGAUAUGCGGCUACGACCUGUACGAGAACAACAACGCCGCCUGGGACCACGACAACGGCAUCUACUCCACGCAGAUGUACACGCAGAAGGUGCAGCAGAUCCUGGCUUCUCAUAACCCUAGGAAACCCAUAUUCCUCUAUAUUGCCUACCAAGCUGUCCAUUCGCCUCUUCAGGCGCCGGGCAGGUAUUUUGAACAUUACCGCUCGAUAAACAACAUCAACAGGCGGCGGUACGCGGCCAUGCUGGCCUGCUUGGAUGAGGCCAUAAAUAAUGUGACCCUCGCUCUGAGGAAGUAUGGCUACUACGAGAACAGCAUUAUCAUUUAUUCUUCUGAUAAUGGCGGGCAGCCGAUGGCCGGAGGCAGUAACUGGCCACUCCGAGGAAGCAAAGGCACCUAUUGGGAAGGAGGUAUCCGCGCCGUAGGGUUUGUGCACAGCCCCCUUCUGAAAAACAAAGGGUCUGUAUGCAAGGAGCUGGUGCACAUCACAGACUGGUUCCCCACGCUGAUCACGCUGGCGGAGGGGCAGAUCGAUGAAGACAUCCAGCUGGACGGCUAUGAUGUGUGGGAGACCAUCAGCGAGGGCCGGCGCUCCCCACGGGUGGACAUCCUGCACAACAUCGACCCCAUCUACACCAAAGCCAAGAACGGCUCCUGGGCCGCUGGCUACGGGAUCUGGAACACUGCCAUCCAGUCUGCCAUCAGAGUGAAUCACUGGAAGCUGCUGACGGGAAACCCGGGCUACAGCGACUGGGUGCCUCCGCAGGCCUUCAGCAAUGCGGGUCCCAACCGCUGGCACAACGAGCGCGUCUCCUGGUCGGCCGGGAAAACCGUGUGGCUCUUCAACAUCACGGCCGACCCCUACGAGCGCGUGGACCUGUCUGCCCGGCACCCCGAGGUGGUGAAGCAGCUGCUGCGGAGGCUCUCGCAGUUCAACAAGACCGCGGUGCCCGUCCGCUACCCGCCCAAGGACCCUCGCAGCAACCCCAAGCUCAACGGAGGAGUCUGGGGGCCGUGGUUUAAGGAGGACGAAAAGAAAAAGAAAUCAGACAAAAGCAAAGGUGCAAAUAAGCAGAAGAAGAUGAAGAAGAAGAAGAAAGCCAGUCGGAAAAAGGGGCAGUCAUUUCACUGCCGGUCGCGUCUUGCUGGUGGGUAAACUCUAAGCAGGGUCCUUGGCAAGGCCUGAGUCAGCCUGGCCCCACUUCUUGAACUUCUGAUGGAAUAGACUAGAAAUGCCAGUUCUGCACUAUGAAUGAAAGUUGUCAUCUUUUAAUUUUGUCUCUGAUUUCACCAGCACAAGAUACUUUAGCACUCUGAGUGACCAUGUGACAGACUUUCUCCUCCACAGGAUGAGUGGUCCUCACCCAUCACCAGACACUUUCCAGAUAACAACAGUGAUAGCAUCUUGUUUCAGGAAACUUAGCUUUGAUGGACAAAUGAUGGUUCCUUGCCUUAAUUAGCUGGAAUCUUUGGAGAGCAUGGAGAUGUUAAUGGCAGAUGUUCUCAAGCUGACAGAUGGUUCAGAGGGAGAGAGGAGAAACAAAACCCAAGAACCUCUGUGUGUCAGUAAGUGUUAGUCAUCAGCCUGUGACAUGUUUUGAUACAACACAGCAAAACUGAAGCCAUCAGGGUAACUUUGUAGAGGUGCUGGGGAGGGGGGGCAUGAUAGGAGGAAAGCUGCUUUAAAUUGGAUUUUGUCCAUCUUAACUAAAUCUGAAAUAUUUUUAACAUUUUCCUAGAUGUGCUGAGCCCCCCCCCAUUUGCAGUAAAACACAUGACCAACAAGCACACACCUCGUGUAAUUUAUUACAGGAUAGACAAAAACACAUCACCAAAGUGAAUGUAAUAUUUAAACACUUUAAGAUAACUAUACAACAAUAUGUAAAAUAGAUAAUUUAUUUUACAGCACAAUCCUAUUUCUCUUCCAUUAAAAUUUCCUAGCUGAUGCAAGGUACCCCUGUGGGUGCCAGGGUUGUUUGGGUUCUUUUAAUGUUGACUUUUUAAAGUUUAUUUCCACCCUGUCAUUCAGAGUUUAUUUAAGAGAUUCAUAUCCUCAGAGUACUGUAAACCAAGGAAAUACUGUAUACACUGCUAGGAUGAGGAAGGAGAACAAUUCAGGUGCGUCACUGCAUUAUGUAUUUGCCUUCAGUGGUUUUGAAUGUAACAAAGGGUUUAUUUAAUUUAGGAGUCCCACGAAUAUUGUUCAUUUCUGUACAGAAGCUAGGCCAUCUUGAUGUUCAGGGGGGAAAAUUUUAACCUUUUAUUUAUGUACCUAUUAAAAUAGUUUAUUUUUAUGGCAUUCAUAAAAGCGGUCUGCUUCUUUUUUUUGCAUCCAGAAUGGCAAUUCUGGCCUAGUUUGUUUUAAACAAACUCAAGUAAGGUGUUUCAUUACUAUUAUUUUUGGUACAGGGAUGUUUUAUGACAUUUUGCUUCUGAAACAGAAUUUCUUCUCCCUAUAUAUAUAUCAUUUGAGACAUGCUUCAAAGUUUGCCCUUUUCCAAGGUGUCUGCAUGGAUGAUGGAUGCACGGACUGGCUGCACAUUGGUGGUGAUCUGUGGUAAUUGAUAAAAUGCACACACACAUAUAAGCUUCAAGAUGAAUUAUGUUAAGUAAAAUUGAUGAUUAAUUUGUUGAAUGGCUAUAAUUUAUUUGGGUAAAAUUUCAGAUAACCCUGCUUUUCAGCAGUGUGUUACUUAACUCAAAAAUUAUAUUUAUAUAAAUGGAUUAUGGCUAAAAAAUUGAGCAUUCCUAAAUCAGUGCACACAGAAAUCUGAAUGAAAUACAGCUGUCCAGAACUCCAGCAACCUCUGACCUUUUCAAAAGGCAGCUAACUGCAGGUACAUACUGCCAAACCCCAGCAAAUGGCCUACUUAAAGAUGUAAAGAAGAAUAAAGCUGCCAUUAACAAAACACAGAAACAAGUCAGGCAGCUCUUAGAGAUACUUCUGUAAUGACUAUACUGGGGAGGACACAGAAAUGCACUUGGAGAAUUGCAUGUAAAUAAUAAUUAUAAAAGGAUGGUGUGUAUCUGCAUAAGUGCUUGAUAUUGUCACUGUUAUUUUUCAUGCUGUGUGGUCCUUAAGAUGACUAAUUAAUUCCUUAGAAAUCUGUCUAGCUUUUCUUCACAUCCACACCAUCCAGUGAGUAAUCAGGAACUCUGAUGUUCUCUAAAUUCUCACUUUUUAACAAGCAUGCUGUUGAUGUCCUUAAAAGAAAUGAGAAUAGCAUAUUGAGAUAUUAUUCUUCAAAAUGUGAUCUAUAAAACUCAUAUGUGUGAGAAGAUUAAUUUAAUUUUUCAAGGUAGUUUUUAAAAUACGAAAAUUAGAUGUAUAAGUUAAACUAUAUAUAGAGAGACUACGAUACUUUAAUUUAUUUUGUCAUAAUAGCCGCAAGGCAGUGUGAUAGAGUGUUAUCCUCAUAGAAUUAAUUAUUGCCCUUUUCCUGAAAGUUUUAUGGUGGCUUUGGCUUUCAUUGGACCAAAGCAGCAGGGAACAUUAUUCCCUGACAACAUU